AAACCGAAGGGAGGGAGUACAAACAAAACAGAACCAUGAAUCCACCUCUCCUCGUUGACCCCUGACCACUCUCUCAAACUGCCUCAUCCACCCCCGAAGCGAUCACCGAGUGUUCGACGAGUGCCUGCGCGGACCGGCGUCAAUGGGUUCAUCGCCGCAAGGAUAAAGCCAUCCGCGAGUUCGUUCCCGGAGCAUCGACGCCGAAAGCACUGAGGAGUGGUCCAUCGACCCAUCUUGAUACUCAUGGAGCGGGAUCACUCGGCUUUGAAGAAAAUGAGACUGGAUGAUGCAGAGGAUUCUGCCAUCAGUCAAGUUCCUGCCGCUGCGUCGUCGAGCAUGAAUCAGCAACUGUUCUGGAGCCAGUGGCAGCUACUGGACUCCAUUCUCCCUACAGGAGGUUUUGCACACUCCUACGGCCUGGAAGCUGCUAUGCAAUCGCGCAUAGUGAACAACCCCGAAGACCUGUGGCUAUUCCUCAUCCAGGUCUUGGACAACAUUGGAAGUCUGCUGCUUCCAUUCGUGUAUUGCGCCGGUAGGUCUCCUGACGCUGCGGCAUGGGUCAAGCUAGAUCAGCUGCUGGAUGCUACGCUGACAAACGAGGUCGGCAGGAAGGCGUCGACGUCGCAAGGCUCGGCUCUGUUGAGGGUGGCCGCGUCUGUCUUCACUGAGAUCCAGUCGCUGCAGGAUCUCCGAAGGACAUUUCUCGGUUCCACGAGCGUGUCGUUUCACCAUGCCCCGAUAUUCGGGUUGAUAUGUGGGCUGGUUGGAUUUGACAGCGAGACAACGCAGCGCGCUUACAUGUUUGUCGCAAUGAGGGAUGUGAUCUCCGCCGCAACGAGGCUCAAUUUGAUCGGACCGCUUGCUGCUUCGGUUCUGCAGCACCAGGUUGCGCCAGAUGCCGAGAAGAUGCUGCAAAAGUGGAGGGACCGUGAUGUCUCUGAAGCAUCACAGACUGCACCACUGCUUGACGCGUUGCAAGGCUGCCAUGCUUACAUGUUCUCUAGGCUGUUUUGCUCCUAACAGCGAGGUUGCUGAAUGCAAUUUGCUGUAGUUCUGCUCACAGUUGUAACUCAGAGAAGUACAGGACCACUGGCUUUCCUAAACAACAAUGGCAUCAGAAGAUUUCAAGCAUCCUGAGGAUAGACGCCCAGUAUGAUUCUUUAUUUUACUUGCAAGCAAGAUUGUACAAAAAUGCCAAUAGCACAUUGUGUUCAUGUGUGAGCCCUCUCUGCCAUCUAUUACACUCAUCAUACAUAUGAUACGUCUGUCUUCAGCUUCACCAAUUACAACAUUGAUAUAAUUAUGCAUUGCA